AUGACCACCGCUGAUCCUCACAGCGAGCGCCAUAUACCACAUCUACCUCUCUCCCCCUCUCCCUCCCCGCCCCAACUCACAUAUCAGACACAGAGCAGGAACCCGGGGGUCGCCAUGUCAUCCUCCCAGAACCCCUUCUCGCAUUCGCGGAGCUCGACCGCCCGCCUCGCCUCGUCGUCGCCUCGCGGCGGCGGGCCCUUCCACGGCGGCGGCCACUGGGGCGGCGGCUCCCCGGCGGACAUGAUGGACCAGCCCUUCACCGACGAGAUGCGCGACCUCCAGGCCCGCGGCAAGGACCCCUACGCCGGCGACGCUUCCGACGCCAGCGACCUCAGCCCCGAGCGCAUGGGCGGCGGCAGGAUGGGCAGCCAUCAUCACCACCACCACUCACACUCCCAUCACCACCACCACCGCACUGCUUCAUCCAGGCAGCCCAAGGAGCCCUUCACCAAGAUCGAGCGGCGCGACUGGGCCGAGACGGUGCUCGACAACCCGGAGCUGCUGAUGAUGUAUGCUCAGAGCAGCGGCGCCCAGCCGCAGCCUGCUUGCUCACACCAGCCCAAACCCCUCCAGACCCUCCCGGCAACGCGGUUCAGGUUCAAGAAGAUCAUGUGUGGCCUCGACGAGGACGAGGACGAUGAUGAAGACGACGACGACUCGAUCCCGGAGACACGGAUGCCCGGUGGCGGCGGCUACCCGCAGCAGAAGUACCAGGGCCAGGGCCAGCAGCCCUUGCGCUCUUCGUCUUCCCGCCAGCAGCAGCAGCAGCAGCAGCAGCAACGUGGCCGGGGAGAUGGUGGCUCGAGGAGUGGGAGGCGGUAG